AUGGAGGAGAGUACUCGUGCGAGCAGUAACGUGCACCAUGAAGGUAGUUCUCCGACCUCGGUGGUGGAAGGGUCCUGUUUGCCAGACAGACCAGGGUACAGGCAUGUUAUUAUGUUGCCAGAGCGCGUAAAGAUAACGCACUUUGAUGGGACAGGAGGCCCCACGGUUACAGAUGAUUUUGUUCGACAGGUGAGAGCCUUGUUUAGAAAUGAACGAACGUGUCCGGCAGACCAGAUUGAUGUAGUGCUCGAUCACGUCACAGCGAGUGUCAGACAAGAGUUAAAAUUACAUCAGACAGAGAAUGCUAACGAUUUGCUAGAUAUCAUACAACACGUGUAUGGAGAGCAUCGAAGCGUUGUUGAACUAGCAUCUGAGUUUUUUUCCCUACGGCACGGUGAGAAUGAGACGAUCCGUUGUUUUUCUCAUCGUAUGCAUGCAGCAUUCGAGGCGAUAAUUACCGCACAGAAGAAAGAGAACAUGACGCUAUUUGAUACGUCGAUCUUGAGAGAUCAGUUUAUCUUACAAUUGCGAGAUACGAUUUGUAGAAAAUUAGCUCAAGAGAAAGUUUACCAAGACCCAAGUGUGACUUUUCUAUCUAUCAGAGAUUUUGCCAUUAGAUGGGUUCGUGAUGAUUUGUUCUUUAAGAAAGUGGGUGUUAAAUAA